UCGGCGAGACCGUGGGGGACCCGGCAGUCUCCGCUGGUACACCGAGCAGUGUGUUACCGUUCCUCGCUUGUUGUAUCACGUUCUCGCCGUAAUCAGCGUCGACGCGCGUCCGAUCUGACAGACCUGUAGUCGCGGCGGCACGUCGUCGUUACACACGCGCGCAUCCUACAUGUAUAUAUACACGAGCCCAUAUAUAUAUACGUAGAGGGCAGAGAGGGAGAGAUAUACACACUGGUGACCCAACAGCGUUCACGCCACCAACCCCUGACACGCACACGAACGCAUAUACGAAGCCCGUGCACACACCACCCGCCGGCACACGCAACCCUCGCGCGCAAACGGACCAUCAUCGGCAGAUCAUCGGGAGAUCAUCGGGAGAUCAUCGGGAACAGUAGAGGAUCGCACGGAAGGAGGAUAAAAGAGGGAUAAAGGACGCGGGUGUUGGAGCAGUGCGAGGACGGAAUCGCGUAAUCGGGCACGCGCGAUCGCGACGGAGUGAAAAGGGAUACGGGACGGGAGAGAUACACGCGGUGCGAGCAGGUGCACGAUCCUGCGUUUCGUACCCGGACCUUCGUCAUCGAGGAGUAACACGUGCAGAUCGGACAACGACGCGCGGCUCGAGGCAGCGAUCACGGCAAAACCACGCAAGUCUCGCCAAUCCGAGAGAACCGUCUAACGACCAACCAACACCAGACCCAAAAGUUCCACGCCCACUGUCGACGCCCGUGUCGCCUAGUGGCGCGUCGUCGUGGAGUCGCGAGGCGUUGGCGGCAAGACGGCCGAUUGUGCGGACGUGCUGGGGAAGCAAUUCCGCGGCUGCAAGGACCAGCAACAGCCCGAGGAUUCUCCCAGCAAAGGGCAAGAUGCACAUCGAGGUGCAGGUGGCGCUCAACUUCGUGAUAUCCUACCUCUACAACAAGCUGCCGCGCAGGCGGGUGAACAUCUUCGGCGAAGAGCUCGAGAAGGCGCUCAAGGACAAGUUCAAGGGACACUGGUACCCGGAGAAGCCGUUCAAAGGAUCCGCGUUCAGAUGUCUGAAGACUGGCGAUCCGGUGGACCCGGUGUUGGAGCGGGCCGCCAAAGAGAGCGGCGUGCCCAUUCAGGACGUCUUGGAGAACCUUCCCGCCGAGUUGGCCGUCUGGGUAGACCCCGGAGAGGUGAGCUAUCGUAUCGGCGAGAUGAACGCGGUGAAGAUCCUCUACUCCGAGACUGGAGACCCUCACGACGAGAGUUCGGCCGACCGAGAGGUCACCAAGACUUUCAAUCCCGAGGCCCAGUGCUUCAGGCCUAUCGAGACCGUAGGCUCGUCCCUGGGCCGGCUGAGCCUUAGUCCAAAGUCCACGUCGCCGUUCCCGAGCUCGCUGGGCAGUAACGCGAGCAACGGCUCGUCGAACAAUCAACAGAGCGGCCACGGGUCCGGUUCCUCAUCGGCGCCAUCGCCGACGCCCAUCACCAGCUCCUUCAAGGGCUCGCCUAGUCCUGUUCCGGCUUUCAUCCCGCGAACCACCGCGCCGCUCACCUUCACCACCGCCACCUUCGCGCAGACCAAGUUUGGUAGCACCAAACUGAAGACCAGCAGCAAACGGACGAACAGAAUGUCCCCCACCGAGUUCUCGAACUACAUCAAGCAGCGUGCCAUGCAGCAACAGAUUCACCAUCACCAUCAUCAUCAACAGCACCAACAGCAGCAGCAGCAGCAGCAACAGCAGCAACAGCAGCAGCAGCAGCAGCAGGCGGCCGCUGGUGGCCUGCCAGUGUCACAGAGCUCCCCUCGCAGUCGCAGCCUGUCACCGGGAAGCAUAGUGGCUGGGGCCGGGCAGCAACACACGGAUCCGAGCGCGUACUUCUUCCAGCACGGGCCAGCCGCGUACCAUCCCCAGUUCUCUCAUCGCAACAUCUUCGACUCGUCCAGCCACGGCGGCUACCUCUCCGCUGAUCUGUACACAGGCGUGAACUUCCCGUCGUCCUACCUCGAUCCAACGACGAUCGCCGGCCAUCAGUUCUACGGCGGCAGCGUGAACGGAACCAGCAGCGCCGCAGGCAGCAACGGGAACUCGCAGAGUGCCGGGAAUCUCGGCCCAGUCGGCUCCGCCGUGACGAACAGCAACGUGAACGGGUCUGGACAGCAACAGGACAAGACAGCGCUCGUAGAGGGCCUGAACAACUUUGGCCUCGGCUCCGUGGCGCCUUACCCAGCCAGCCAAUACCAGCACCUCCUCGUAGCCAACUAAAACCCCGCGCGAGUGAAGACCAAGUGUCUGGCGCGACCAGAGUCCCACUAGUUCCCACUCUGUCUCUCUCCGGCGGAACGAGACAUCCAACCGGAAGCCGCCACGGUAGCUCUGCAUAGUCAACCCUUAAAGAAUCGGUCAUCGUGCGUGGUCGUUGUCGUCGUCGUCGUUUGUCGUGAUCCUUCAUCGAGGAAUCGAUACGAGCUCAUCCACUCCCGCUUUUCUCGCUCGAUACGAAUCCGGAUCAGUCGAGAGGGAACCCCAGUGGUUGGUGUACCUCUCUCGCUAGUCGAUCGGCGGACAGCCAGUCGAUCGGCACACCGUCGUCGUUUGUGCGCGAACAACGUGCACGAUGGCAGAGAGACAGGGAACAGAAGAGGAGAGAGACACCUUCGGCAGAGAGGACGCAAUCAGCACCGAGGAAGACACCGGGUCGACGCGCACGCGGAUCAAGACGACCCGACUAUUCGCGAGACAGAGAGAUAGAGCGAUAGGAAGAGAGAGUGGGAAAGCGAGAGAGAGCUAGGGAGAGAAUGAGAGAGAAUACGAGCGUGUGCGAGAGCGAGGUUACGUGCAGCGUGUAGAGAGGGAUUCAAGUUCGGUGCGCCUGUGUGCUGAAGCGUGCGUGCAAGUCGUUUAGAGGAGAGUAGCGGUGGAGGAACGAAGAGGAGGAGGGACUGUUCGAUGCGACGGGACUCGCGAACGCGAACUUUGCGACCGACUAACGUACAGAGAGCCGCGUGUACCUAACAUUCUGUAACCGGAAACAACACGGACACCACGGACACCACGGACCCGAUUGCGAUGGCGCUGCGCGUCCGUUCGACGAAUGGCUGCUCCCUGUGUCGCGUUCUAACCCGCGUCGGCCAUCUUGCGGCUGACGGACGGGCAGACGGUCGCGAGAGAGGAAAAGAGUAUCGCGUAAGCGAACUCUGUUAUGCCACAGAGACCAAUUCGUGAUUUCGUUCGUGGUUCGAGAGGGGCAGAGAAAGAGAGGUAGAGAAAGAGAGUGAGAGAGAAAGAGAGAGAGAGAGAGAGAGAGAAUAAAGGUCGAACGAUGCGCCAUGCGCCUACACAUGGGACAGCGAAAGAGCCAAGAGACACACACGUGCGCGACGCGUACGUAAAAUUCCACACGGGCCAGAUUCACACGCAAACGGACACACUCACUCCCACCCAUUCACCUGGCGACCCCCACGUACAUACAUGUACACACACGCAUAUAUACGUCUACAUUUGCUACGCGAACACACGGAACGCCCCGCCUGCUGGUGGCGUGGUGACACCCGCGAUCGCAUACACACGUACACACAGGUAUUAUACACACGGACAAGGCGAAAGACACAGGAGGGCGGGGUGUGCGGACACUUAAUAUCGCGCACGACUUCACCAACACGUACACACAGAUAUUACCAACGUGUAAUAAUUUAUUUUUUCACUGGUAUAGUCGGAGAAUUGAUAUUGAAUAUAUCUGUAGAGCCUAUGUAUUAUAUUCAAAAUAUGCACUCACUUCGCGGGUUCUCGCGAAACGGUGUAGGGACUACCUGUAGCCGCUCUGUCGAAGCGUCGACGAACGAACACCCGGGGACGCUGAGUCGCGUAUACACGUAUACACGUUUCCCGGUGUAUUCCUCUCGUUCUACACGACCCGAAGAACGAUCCAAUCCACGAUCGAGAACACCAGAGACGAAGAGGACCGAGGAAUUUGAAGAGAGGAGAGCAAGAAACGGGAAUCGAAAGUAUAGUACUCGCAGGAUCGUGGUAAGAAGACGAAGAAAAACACUGGCUGCCGUGGGAUUCUUUCUCGAUCGAGUCGCAGAUGGUGCUCGCGGUUCCAUACCGUUCGGAAAACUCGUCCUCGGUACGAUUUUACAUUUUAUUUUUAUAAUAAAUGCAGUAGAGCGUAGGAGAGAAAAAAAAGUGAAAAAAGCGAGGCAAAAGGAAGAGGAGGGAGUAAAGCGGAGAAGAAGGAUGGCGGCGUGUUCGCGCGAGCAACAACAUGGCCGCGCUGCGUCGCUGCCUCGCCGCGAAACCGUGCGCUUCCGGUCCCGAGAUUAAUCUCCCCGGAGAUUUCCUUUCGACGCGACGUCCCCGUCGUUUUCAUCCCUCCUCCCCAAAAACCGCGCCUCGCGUUCACCACGCGUCGCCGGAUCCAGCAAAAGCGGAACAACAUCCUCCGGUGGUCUAACUUCGCGACACACCGGCGACGGUUCGCCAACUUUCCUAAUUCCGCGCUAUCGAGCAUCCGGCUCUCCUCGAAUCUCCGUUCUGCCCUAUCGAUCCUCAGGCAACGGGCCAACGGCCAUUCGAACUUCCGUCGUUGCCUCCGCGUCGACGGUGUUCGAAGAUCGGGGACAAAGGACGCGUCGAAAGGGAAACAAAGCAGCGCCGGUGGCGGGGAUGCGAAGCAGCGGCCAACCGGCCGGUUCGCGUUCGCGAGAUUAAUUAGGUGAUUACGUUAUUAAAGGCCACUGUUACUGUCCUCGACGGCCGCGACGCGACCGUGCUCGUGACCUCGAACGCGCAUGCGAGUCCAUCCGCUUCCGAGGUCUUCGCCAACUGUCACGAGACGAUUUUCAUCUUCCACGCGAGUCCAUAGAAUUCUCGUUCGACUGGGCUCUCGGAAUUAAACCGUGUCGAAAUUUUUGAUCCUCGUUUGGACCGUUUUCUGAGCGAAUAUCGAUCGAUGACGGUGCUUUUGGACAGAUGAUUUUACGUGCGCACUCUUGGUGAAACGAGUUGAAUAGAAACGAAGUGGAGAAGACAAGUCUCGACUGUCGUCUCGUAGAACGUUAACCUUUGCACUCGGGAGGCGACUCUCGGUCUCCAUUUAGCGAAAUUGUAAAAAUUCCUAGUCAAUCUUCUCUCUUCGUUCUAAACAAAUUCUAUCGAUAUUAUAACGCCGAGUGCAAAGGAUUAGUCUUCGAUUCCGUGUCAGAGAAAUAUUUUAACCGAGAAUUUCUAUCAGUCCGCUUCUGUCUCCGAUAGAAUUCGUCGGAGUGUUCCGUUACGGAUGAAUCAGCGGCACUUGUAAACCUCGAGAACGUGCAACAUACGACAUCAAGGUGAAUCGCGAGGAAGAUGGAAGAGUGUUCGGUGGUUGUUCGCGAGACCUCGAUUUUCACAUCGAAAGAUCGGCUGCGCGUUUAGCGCGCCGAUUCCCGAUAUCUCCUUGUCUGAUGGCGAGGUUAGAUCGGGUCACGGUCGGCCUCGUCCGUCGAGCGUCGCUAGUGUCGCGACAGCAACGAUGGCGGAGGUGCCGCGAGCCGCGGGCCGGGCACUAGGUGCUAAAAGUAUUAAAAAAAAGUGUUUAAUCUUGUCGUCGUGGGACAAACGUACGGAAUACGCCUGGCCAGAGAGUGUCGACGCGCUCGCGUUGUAAUUUUUGCCGCGAACGAGCCGAGCGGAGAUCGGUUCGCGUCGGUGGAUCAUCUCGGUCCGGCGCGUCCUCUCUUAGACUAGUUUCGAAACCUUAGCGUGACUUUGUAUCGUGUAAGUGUAUAAGUAGUAUAAUUUUAGGCGUGACUUUCGUCGUUCUUUCGUACGGAUUUUUAUAUAGCCAGUUUUGUAUGAUCGACGUCGAGCAGCAGCUUCCUCUACUGCGGCCGUUCCGUCGCGGACCGAGGCCGCUCGAUCGACCGACCGAACCGAACCGGAAUCGAUGUUCGCUCGGUGCUCUACAGCUCUGGAGCUUCGGAAAGAUUUUCGUUUCAAGGACCAAGGGUUCUUCGAUGGACGAGCGAAUUUCGUGCGAGAGUGAAAUCGCGAUUGUUUUCCCGGUCGCUGGCGCGUCGCUCGGAGGAUCUACGCGACGGGUGGAUCUGCACACACGCAUACGUACGACACACGAAGGAUGUACGCGCGCAUCGAGGACAAGGAGCUUGGAAUUUUUCGUGGAAAAUUCGAUCGAUCUCGAGGCGGAGCGAGUCGGCAGAUCUCUGACCACGCGAGGGGUGCUAAAACAAGUUUUUAACCGCGGAACUAAUAAGGGUAAAGAGGGGUGUGAAAGCGCGGGGAACAGAGGCGAGAGGGGACAAGGCGGGAGAACAGUACCCUUUAGUAAUAUCUAAACUUAAUUGUAACUAUUAACGAUACGUACGACUGUGGUAGCUAUGCUAGUACCUGCUAUUGUUAAAGAGAGAGAGAGAGAGAGAGAGAGGGAGAGAGAGAGAACGAGCGAGAGAAAUGGAUUGUAAGAGCGAGUCGAGGGAAGGAGGUAAUCGCGACUUUCGAGGUUUGGUUCGUGACGGAAUACCGGAUGUCAUCGUCGUUCGACCUGGCUGGAACCAAGCUAGUUCUUCGACCGGUUUUCCGAGAACGGAGCAGCAACACGGAACAACGAUCGAUGGAUCGCGAUCCGGCCUCGGGACACCGUAGAUUCGCCGCAAAGAGCUCCUCGCGCCGAUUAUUUUUCUAAUCUUUGUAAUCGAACGAACGGGUUCGCGACGAGAGCAGCGAGAAAUCCUCGCGAUUCGACUGCAACGAGAUCCCUCGAGAGACAGAGAGCGGGAGAAAGAGAGAGAGAGAGAGAGAGAGAGAGAGAGAGGAAGAGAGAGGAAGAGAGAGGAAUAGGGAUAGUAACGAUUCCGUCGCGCUUUAGCCAUCGAUCUUCGGGCGUCUCGAGGCAUCUCGCGAUCUUCCACGAUCGAACACGGGUGCAAGAAGCUCGGCGAGAGGGAUGAGAGAGAAAGGAGGCAAGUCGGCGAGCAAGCGUUGCAAUAAGUUGCGAAUCAAAUGUGGAUCUCGGCUUGAGACGAGAGGCUCAGCUCAGCGAAGAAUCAAACACACAUACACGAUGUAUACUCUUCUAGCAAAACCAAAAAACGGGAAAAAAAAAAGGAUGGAUCGGCGUGGGAUUGCGCGAACGAGCCGUAAUGGCGGACGCGUGGACGCGCGAGGCGGAAGUAGAUGGCGCUGCGACGCGAGUCAGAGAGACGGUUCAGCGAUGGAGGUGGAGGUGGAGCGAUGGAAACGGGAUUAUUGAUAUAGAGCAUACAUUGAGAUACACAAAAGAUAAACAUAUAGUAUUAUACGAUUACAAUACGAUUGUAACGAAACACUUUGUAAGCCAGGAAAGAAAAAAAAAAUUACGCAUAGUUUUCCAUAAUCUGUAAUGGAUGUAUUCGUUAACAAAAGAAAAAAAAAAAAACGACGACGAGUGGUUAAGGUUAAACACACGUACAUACACGGGCACACGUAUACACGUACACGUACACAGGACGGAAACGUACACGGACACAGCUGAAUAACCGUUCGAACGUAACUCGGGUACACGACACACAAGAAGUAAACGAAAAAGAAUAAAAAAAGUAACUAAUAAUUAAUAACACGAAGUAACGUGACGACGUAACAAACGGUAAAUCUGUCUCUUUAAAGUAUCAUGUGUCUAUAAACUAUAGCGAUCGAUAUUGUCUUUUUAACCGUAAAUGGAGAAACAAGUAAUCGUGGUAACGUAACUAAUGUCAUAGCGAUAACCGAACACUGCAAUAUUAGAUAUAAUAUAUAUUCAUACAUUUAUAGAGGAGAGAAGCGAUGGAAGAACGAGCGACGACAGUGAGCGAAGAGAGGGAGAGGAAGAGGGUAAUUGCGUGCAGCUCUGACACGCGUAAUCAAAGGGAAAAUCAGGGACAGGAGAAAAUGGAGGAGGACACGCGUCAUCGAUUCGUUCUCGCUUUCCUUCCUUCGCGAACACUCGAUGACAGAAGCGGAGGAAAAGGGAAAAAGUGGGGAAAAAAGGGGAAAAAAUGGAGGCAGAAUGGGAUAAAGAGAGGGCGAUAACAGGCAUAGAAAGAGAGAGAGAAAAGGAGCGGAAGAACGACGGCUUGAUCGCGCGUGUCAGAGCGGAAGUGAGCAAACGUGGUACGAUCUCCAGGCACAGUUGAAAAGAGAAAGCCGUUUCAUGCUAAAACAGCAAAGAGAAAAGCAAAACGAAGCUGAAUGGAA